AUUAUAUGCGUGAUAAGAGGAAAAUCUUGCUUUCGUAGAAAAUACUCUCGAUUUUCCUUACGUCAUAGAGAUAUAAUAAAGAAACCUAACCUAAUUUAAAUAUCAUGUUGCGUACGAGAACCGUGCUUCGCGGAAUAAGAACGAUGACAACAUUGCGUUUGGCGUUGGUACAACUGACCGUAGGCGACGACAAGCCGACGAACGUUUCGCGAGCCGUGUCCUUCAUUGAGCGCGCGAAACAGCAGGAGUGUGCCGAUAUCGUGGUGUUACCGGAAUGUUUCAACUCACCGUAUGGAACAUCUCAUUUCGCGAAAUAUGCUGAGAGCAUUCCCGAUGGCGAGACAAGUGUAGUUUUGUCCGAGACGGCGAGAAAAAACAAUGUAUACGUGAUCGCUGGUACAAUACCGGAGAGAGAUAAUGAGAAGUUGUACAAUACUUGUACCAUAUGGGCACCCGAUGGAAAGCUCGUGGCCAAGCACAGGAAGAUGCACUUGUUCGAUAUCGACAUUAAAGACAAGAUUACCUUUCGCGAAAGUGAUUCAUUGUCGCCCGGCAAUUCCCUUACAAUCUUGGAAGCGAAAGGUUGCAAGAUCGGUAUCGGCAUUUGUUAUGACAUCAGAUUUGAGGAAAUGGCACGUCUAUACAGAAAUAGAGGUUGUCAGAUGUUGAUAUAUCCGGCGGCAUUUAAUAUGACCACUGGCCCGCUGCAUUGGUCGUUGCUACAGCGUGCCAGAGCAAAUGACAAUCAAUUAUAUGUAGCCUGCGUAUCGGUGGCACGUGGAUCACCGCCUGGAUACGUUGCUUGGGGGCAUACUCAGUUAACUAACCCUUGGGGAGAAAUCCUUGACGAGUUGGAUGCCGACGAAGGCAUGUUAGUCUCUGAUAUAGAUCUGAAAGUCGUGGACGAAGUCAGAGCGCAAAUCCCGACGUUCAAUCAACGACGUACAGAUUUGUAUGAUACUAUGUGGAAAGGGGAAGAUUAGGAAGAUGUUGUAACGUAUGGUGAUAUAUCGUUUACGCACCAUUAAGCAAUUUUGCAUGACAAGCUAUAACGGCGAACGAUCUAAAUUUCAUACUCGGAUACAUCCCGUCGAUAAACCUUUCGCAUCGAGGUCACACACGAUACUAGAAGAGAGACACGCGACAUAUAUAUCGUAGGUAAGUAUAAUCAUCGGUUUCUGUAUGAAUAAACUUUAUAUUCUUCAAUA